UCAACAUGUCAGCGCCCACUUCAAGUUUACAUGGGAAUGUUUUGAAAGAAAACAAUCAGUUUAUAGCUGUAACUGACAAUGAAUGCAAGACACCUUCAAAGACAGCGAACCUUACUGGACUGCCGAGGAGGGUAAAGGAUUGCUGUGCUGACUGGUACAACUAUGUACAGAAGUGGGAGGAAGCCAAUAUCUCUGGAGCAACUUUAGUGAAAAAUAUCGCCAACUGUCGCUUGAAACUAGCCUUUGAUAAACAGGAAGAGCAAACAAGCAAGAAGCUUUCAGAGGAUGAUAAAGAUUCAGUCUUGGCAGAGAUGCAGACUGACUGUGAGGAGCUAGAAACAUUGUACCAAUCUAUGGCAAAAAUUCUUGCAAAGAUGGAGACAAUAACUUCAAACCUGCAAGCAUGUGCAACUCUCCAUCUGUAUCAGUCACAUUCGACAGAUGGUGUCACAGAUGUUCUGUUUCAAACCUGGCCAACAGCUAUGUUUGGUGAAACGUCAUCCACGCUACUGCUGAUGUAUCAACACGAGCUUCCUGUGAAGCAGGCAAUUCUACACCAGGUGGCACACCUAGAGAACAGAGAGCUGUUGAUGCUUUACGUGGCAGCAUGGGUUCAUCAGGCUUACAUAGAGCCCAGGAGUAAAGCCUUGCUAGAGGCAAUGCUCGCUGAAGUGCAACUUAGAUGACAGAAUAUUCUAUUUGAUUUGUAUAGGCAAUUAUAUAUUUAUUUUUAUAUAAAUGUGAACGUUAACAACAAAAAUCUACUAAAAGAAUACGAGUGGCAAGACAAAUGAUUAUCGAUUCAAAGCAAUUAUAUUUGUUCAUUAUUGAAUCCCAGAAUCUUCUCAUUUUCUUCAAUAAAACUCAUUAAUGGCAAACAAU